UGCUAGGAGCAGCUAGCAGGAGAGGCAGCUGGAGGGAGAAUUUUGGCGGCCGAGGAGAGGGAAGCUGGCAGCCCCACGGGGCACCACUUUUGGCGGGGGCUGGCCAGGCUGCGGUUACCUUUCGGCAAGCAGGAUGGUGAACCUGGACAUGAUGCACACAGAUCUCAAGAUGAGUGGCGAGGUGGCAGACUCCACUGAAGCACGCAACGAUGGCAGUCAUGCAGAACCUGGAAAUGAACGCAAUGGCCUGGAUUUCAACAGACAGAUUAAGACGGAAGAUCUCAGCGACUCCCUGCAAAGUGCCAUCUCUUCCCGGACAAGCCAUUUAGUACAAGGGCCCUCAAUGAUGCCUGGAGGCCAAAUCGCUGGGGAUAUGAGUUCUCUUCACACUUUGCAGCAGCUCGUCCAAGUCCCAGGCCACAUGCAAUCCGUCCCGCUGUUCCUGCUUUCUCAGGCCCCAACGGGGCAGCAAGCUCUGCAGUCAAACCUUCUCUCCUUUCCUCAGCAACAGAGUGGCCUUCUCCUUCCACAACACGGACACAGUUUAGCAUCUCAGGCAGUGGGACGUCCUGGGCAUCCCGGCUCGUCAUUAGAGCCCCACCUGGAGGUACCUCAACAUUUACAAGUUGCCAAACACUUGCCCUCCUCAGCAGCGACAGAUGAAGCCAACGACCUAGAAGAGCUCGAGAAGUUCGCCAAGACUUUCAAGCAGAGACGAAUCAAGCUGGGGUUCACACAGGGUGACGUGGGCCUGGCCAUGGGGAAGCUGUACGGCAACGACUUCAGCCAGACGACCAUUUCUCGUUUUGAGGCGCUCAACUUGAGCUUCAAGAACAUGUGCAAGUUAAAACCGCUGCUGGAGAAAUGGCUGAGCGAUGCAGAAUCUUCCCCUUUAGACUCUUCUGUGAGCACUCCCAGUUCUUACCCGUCAGUGAGCGAGAUGUUUGGGCGCAAAAGAAAGAAACGCACCAGCAUCGAGACCAACAUUCGCUCCACGCUGGAGAAACGCUUCCAAGACAACCCCAAGCCCAGCUCGGAGGAAAUCUCUAUGAUUGCAGAACAGUUGUCCAUGGAAAAGGAAGUGGUCCGGGUUUGGUUCUGCAACCGGCGCCAGAAAGAGAAGCGCAUCAGCUGCCCAAUGCCCUCUCCCAUAAAAUCACCUCUCUACAACUCCAGACUGAUUUCUACCUCAGGAUCUUUGGGUCCCCUUCCUGUCACAUCUGUCCACAGCACCAUGCACGGGGCAGUAACGUCUUCAUGCUCUCCUGGCAACUCUAGCCGGCCUUCAUCUCCUGGCACGGGACUUCAUGCCAGCAGCCCGGGCAUGUCCCAGACUAACUCCAAAGCAGCCAUCAACUCAACCAGUUUCAACUCUUCUGGGUCAUGGUACCGAUGGAACCAGCCCACCUACCUCCACUGAAGCUGCAUCGCCUAAUGGUCAGCCAAAUCCACCUUUCUCUCCUCAGUAGAAAAAAAAAGAAGCCUUGACUUCUAGCUAUGGAUUCACUUCUCCGGGAAUGGUGGCUGAGACUAUGUUUGGCCUGGUGGUAUAGGUGCCUUCAGAGAACCUCAGGCCUCCUGUGAGACCUUGGACUUCACGUGACAGGAGGAGCAGCCCUACAAACACAACUGAAAGACUGUGAUAGAACCCCCAAGUGGUUGAGGGUUGUAGUGUGUGUCGGUGUGUGCGAUGUCUGUGCUGCACCCCUGGCCUUGCCAACCCAAAUAUUCACCUCCGGGGCCCUAAACCUUUUUCUCAGUUGCUGCUUUCUCUCUUGAACUCCAAAAUGCUUCUUGCAAGAAGAUAUUGUGAAGCCACAUCUGUUCUCAGAUUUAAAAGCACGGAUGCAUCCUCAAGGAUGAGCCAACGCUGCACAAUUCAUUCUCAAAUGGCUAGAUUGAACAUUUUAGUGUCUUGCAAAAAGUACAAAAGAGGGUGCUUUGAUCAGUGCCGCAUCCAAUGGCAUUUUCCUGUCUACUCAAAAUGCUCUUUUGGUUUAGAUACACGGCAGUUACCUGUCUGCUUUAACACUCUUAGGUAUGUCAGGAAAAAAGCCUGUGGGCCCAAUGAUCUCUGGGGAGGAAAACAGACCAGGAAGUGGACUGUGUCUGCUUUUCUAAAGGGACAUUGGUGCAUUCAAUCCAUUGCACUUGGGAUGCAUAUAGACGUUUGCUUUAGGCUUCUUUGUCUGUGGACAGACAACAGUUUUUCAGAUUUUGGGGACGAGGCAUUUUAGAGCUGCCAUUUCUUGCCGUGACACAGGUCUUCGUUUUCUGUCUCCCGCUGUGAUCUGUGGUCAAACCAGUUAGGGAAGCUUUCAUAAGCGUUCCGUCAGUACUUCAGAGUCAAGGCUGGCGGCCAAUAAUGUGACCAGCCCUAGAAGAGAGAGAAAUGUACCUUUUGAGGUGUGUCACUGGGCAGCGUCCAUGUAAAGGAACAAAAAUUCAGCACCCUGAGUACUUUUGAACUGUUUGAAAGAGUUUUAAAAUGCAUACAUCUAAUAGAAGUGCAACUUGGGGGGCGUGGGAGGCAAAUGAACCACACCAUACACACACAAUAGACCACACACACACACACACAACCUUGUUCCAUUUGGUUUGUAAACUUAAUAAGCUACCAACUCUGAGACCGAGCGACUGCUGCAGAAAAAUAAUUGUCUGUGCUCACCUUUAGAUUCCUGCCCUGCCGUGUGUCAGAUAGAGUGGGGACUGGGGAGUGUUGAGCCUCCGCAAGCUGCCUGCAUGGCUACAUUUUGAGUAUGUCUCUUCUUGUGGGAGGUCUCCUGUGAUUCUAAACUGAGGGCAAGGAGAUUGCUGAGCAACGCAUAAGACAGACACAUGUAACAGUCUUCUGUCCUGGGGAGGAAAAGUGCAGGGCUUAUUUUUUUUUAAGAUGUUAACAUGCAGAAAGUGUGCAUUUACAGGGGGAAAUAUUGUCAUUCCCAAAGAUUUGGGCAGUCCAAACAUUCAGGUCUUCUGAGUUCAUGCUGUCAGAGUCCUAGUUCUAAAGAUUUUCUCCCACUAUGUAUAGGUUUCUAAUGGUGCAAUCCUAAAUAGAGUUGCAGUUUUCUAAGACCAUUGAAGUCAGUAGGCUUCGAAGAAUGUAAUUCUGCUUAGGAAGGCUAAUAUAUUUUAUUGGGGUGGGGGAGAAGGCACUGUUAAGGACAUGGGACGUGAUUCUAUGCAACAACGCAUGUGCACACAAACAAGGAAGAUGCACACGUGGGUUAUAACAGUCACCAACUUAUAAUUGCAUGCCAUUCCAGAUCUUCCUUUUUUUAAAAACCCUGCAAAAAUGAAAAGCAGCCAUGGGAGGCUGCAAGUAGAAGAGAGGGAGGGACAGUGUUUUCUUUUAGAAUGUGCCAGCUCCUUUUUCACCCAUGUUGGGGGGAAGAGAAAGGUGUCUUUUCUUCUGGAGAUGGUUUGAAAAGAGAACCUCUCUCCCUCUACCUGUUUGCUGUUCCUUGCAUUUUAAUUUUUUUUUCCAGCUGGGAAACUGUAAGUAAGUGUGCCAUGUAACAACCAUUUUAGUACAGAAAAGAGCCGUAGUCUUGGAGCUGGAAGAAAAUGCCUUCAUUUUAUCCCUCCUUGGAAAAUUUUACCCCUUUACACUGUGCAUCCCUUUGCCAUCAUAUUGAUGGCUUUGAACGAAUAAGCAGCAGCUACGGUUAAAGAAACCACUCCAAGCACAUGGGAAAACUUCAGCAAUGCACUUAUCGCACGCGGGCACGAAUGGACUUUGAUUCUGCUCAUUUGGGUUUUUGUCCUGGCUACCAAACAAAAGGGCCCGCGUCUCUCGCUACC